AUGAGUGCACCCGCAUACUACGAGUUAUACAGAAGAUCCACCGUCGGGGCAACGUUGACCGAUGCUUUGGACCAGCUCAUCUCUGAUGAGAAGAUCCAGCCUCAGUUGGCCAUGACGAUUGUAACUAACUUUGAUCGGGUUAUCUCUGAAUUGUUGAAACCCGAGCAGAACAUAGCGAAGUCCAAAUUGACAUUCAAAGGCGACUUGAGUACCUACCGGUUCUGUGAUGAUGUCUGGACAUUCAUCAUUAAAAACGUGUUGAUCAAAUUGACUGAUACCAGCCAUAGUGAGUUGAAUGAUGAAGUGACUGUAGACAAGUUUAAGAUUGUUGCCUGCAACUCCAGAAAGGCUGGGGAUGUUUAA